ACGUAUUUGUAUAGAAGAACAAGUAUAAAAAGAUCUGGCAUCUUUCAUUCUUUAACAAUACAAAACUUCAGUCGGCAAAUCAAAAACCCACUGGCAAAGAUAUGGAAAUCAGAAGACGCGGUGAUCUAGAAAACACUUUGAUGAAGGUUAUGGCGGGAUUUCUUGUAAAGUAGCGCAAACGAUAGAUAAUGGUGUCAACCCGCAGCCUUAGAUCAAAAUUUGCAGUAGGAGAAGAAGUUCUCUGCUAUGAACCAGAUCCUACGAAGGCAAGGGUGCUGUAUGACUCUAAGGUGCUGAAGGUUCUAGUGAAAACAGACAAGGGGGGCCGCAAAACUGUGGAAUACCUGAUACAUUUCCAGGGCUGGAAUUCAUCUUGGGAUCGAUAUGUGAGUGAAGAUUAUGUUCUAAAGCAUACAGAUGAAAACUGGCGACUGCAGAGAAAACUUGCAGAGAAAGCACAUUUACGGCCGGGAGCAUAUCUUUAUCGAAGAGAUCGUAAAGAUCAAAGGUUGAAUAAGGCCCCACAUAAAACAGAUAGCUACACUGAGGAAAAAGAGUGUCUGCAGAGCACUUCUACUUCAGCUUCAACAAGAGAUGGCAGCAUCAGCUGUUAUAGCACCCGUAGUGUUGAGACUAUCAGUAACGGAGAUCGAAAGAAGAGGGUUACUGCUGAUAAAUGUGAAACUAGCAUGCAAAGUGUAAUGGAAGAUAAACAAUCACAUUAUGCACAUAAUGAGUGUGAUACACAUGCAGAAUGUGUUGAAGAAAUGCAUGACAAUAAGGAUAAUGGUGUUACAGGUAGUGUUGAUGGAAGGGAUAGUGUUGAGGGUGGUAGAAGUAAAGACCAACAGUAUGAAGAUUUUGGUGCUCAGAAUAACAUAGGUGACAGAGAGGUUGACGACAAUGUGCAGGAUAUUAAACAUGAAAUAACUGAAGAUUUUGAUCACCCGGAGGAUGGUGCUGUUGAACAUUUGGAAGAUUGUAAUUUUACAUGUGAAAUUACUGAUGUUAUGAAGGAAAUACUUGAACUGGACAAUGAGCUUAUUAAAAACAGGAACAAGAUCGUCCAUCUUCCAGCAAGACCAAAUGUGGUGACAAUUCUUGAAUCUUACGUGAGAGAAUAUGCAGAAAAUCAGAUCUCUGGAGCUCGGGAGAAAUCACAGCGUAAAUAUAGACGACCACAAAAGCACCAAAAUGGUGCUUUAGAUAUGGAUCGAUUGAACAGAAGUGUAAAUAUCUGCAAAGAAGUGGCAGACGGUGUGAGGGUUUAUUUUGACUUCAUGUUGAGUGGCUUGCUGUUGUACAAUGAAGAGAGAGAACAAUACAAGCAAAGUCGUGAUAUGACUAUCACAAAAGAACCAAAGUCAAGGUUAAAUGAUUCAUCUCCAAACAAAAAAGAAGCAAACAAGAGAUUCCAGCAACCAGAUUGUAACUUAUCCUGUGAACAAAGGACAUGCCAAGAGGAUGCAGUUACAUUUGAUGGCAGAAUGGGAACACCCAGUGUCAAAAUGUAUUCCAGAUCUCAACAUGUAAAUGCUGAAGGGAAAGGGUGCACUUUGACUAAUGCUUCAGCUGGUGCCAGCAGUGAAGAAACAGAAAGCCGCAAUCCCAUGGGAACUCAGAGUACAAAUAAAGAGUCAUUUGUCCCUUCUGAUCCCUGUAAGGAAGAAGCUUCCUCUGCAUUCCAUGAUAAUUUAUCCAGUAUCACGAGUGUCAGCUCAAAACAUUCAUCUCGGAGAUUAACGUCGAAUGUAUCAUCAGCAGAAGGAAUGACUCAGGGAGAUAGUCAUUCUGCAUUGAAGUGUCUGUUACCUCAUCUGUCAGAAUGGCAGCUAGUGCCAGACUCACAAUACACUGAAAAGCCUGUUAUGCCUUCACUUAUCUAUGGUGCUGUCCAUUUAGCACGAUUGUUAGUGAUACUUCCAAGUCAUCUUCUGAACACAAAUAUUCCAGCAAAGAAACAUAAAAUAGUAUUGCAGCAUUUACAAAUGAUUCUGAGAUACUUGGAGAAAAAUAGAGACUGGUUUGAAGAAAAUGUGUACGAAGAUAAUUGCUCUCCACUUAAACAAAAUGACUGAUUUGCUGUAUUUAUGCCUAGCUUCAUAUUUUAUAUUCUGUAAAUAGUUUAUAGAAAUUGCUAUUUUUAAAAACAUUUGUUGAAUGUUUAGUUAUAAACUACCCUCACUUGAACAAAAUGACUGAUUUGCUGUAUUUACACAUAGCCUCUUAUUUUAUAUUCUGUAAAUAGUUUAUAGAAAGUGCUAUUUUUAAAAACAUUUGUUGAAUGUUUAGUUAUAAACUACCCUCACUUGAACAAAAUGACUGAUUUGCUGUAUUUACACAUAGCCUCUUAUUUUAUAUUCUGUAAAUAGUUUAUAGAAAGUGCUAUUUUUAAAAACAUUUGUUAAAUGUUAAGUUAUAAAAAUGCAUGUCACUGAAGAUUUUGAUCUGGUGUUUCCAGUUCAGUUGGUAUUUUUCAUGUUAUCUCCUGUACCCUACAAAAUAUUGUCUGUUAUCAUCAGCCAUGUAUUUGAUAAGAAUGGUUAGUGCAAACUUCACUAUGUGCCAUUUAUAUAGUAUGCUUCUGGGACCAAAGAUGUGUAGAUAACAAUAUACGCAGACAUGAAUAUUGGAGAGUGAUUAAUUGUCUGCUUCUUUGAUAAUUAUGACUUGCUUCUCAGUGGAAGUAACCAGAUCCUUUAACUAUGAAAGCUCAGGUUACUUUAGUUUAAGUUCCUAAGUUAUUUUAUUCAAGAACUAUUGUGCUGUUACGGAUACCUCAGACUUGCUGAUUGUCAAUAAUAACUUUAAUGUUUUUCCUCUCUGAAGCUGGAAGAUUUUGACACAGUGUUUUGUGUCUUAUAAGUUUGUGACAGCUGAUUGAUUGUAUGUACAAAAAGCCAAAUUAUCAGUAGCGUGCUAUGUUGCUGGUGAAAGUGGAUGAAUCAGUAAAAUACAGAAUUUUACGUAAAACUGGUACUCUGAAUUUCUUUUUCAUACAAUUUCAAUGGCAGCACUACUAUUAUAGUGACAAAACUGGAUACAGGUAUCAAGCUGUUAAGAAAGUUUACUUGAGUGUUGUGUGUUUCAUAUUUUUUUUUCUCUUAAGUGUUUGAGAUUGAAAUGGGGAAUCAGCCCAUCAUUCAUAUCAAGUUGUGUUACGUAAAGAGAGGAGCAGCUGUCGGUUGAAUCACUGUGCCUGUCAGUCAUUUAUUCAGCACAAAGAUUUAAUCUGUUACGGCUGGAACACACAUUGAAUGCAUGUUGGAGAGAUCACACACCCACCUUUGUUUCAAUCUUCAUGUCUUUCGUAGAUGUAAAAGACUGCAGUGGGAAAAUACUGUUAACUGGUCAUAAAAAUGUAUUUUCCCUUAUUGUUAAUCCAUUCUUCUACAAUAAAUGAUAUUCCAAGAAUGUGAUUUUCUAAAAGGACUGCCUUUUAUAUGGUGGUUUUUUUUACUGUUGCUCCACUUGCAGUGACAAAAAAUGUAUUGAGUGUUUUUCAAUUUUUUCUGUUUUGAUUUAAGUGGUGGACUAGUUGCUGUACAGUCACCACUGAGAGCUGCUGUUUGUGUUUGUAUGAAUAUCAAUAUAGCACAUAAUUUG